UUGGGUCGUGGGGAGGGUUGAAAGUAUAUUUCUUUUAUCUCACUUAGGGUUUAAGGUUUGAAGCUGCUACUCUCUUAGGGUUUGAAAAUAUUUUUCUCAGCAUCUCUUUCGCCACUGGAAGUCGCUUUGCAGUUGCUAUUGUAUCAAGUUGCCUGUUCCGCCAGUGGAAGUCGUCAUUGAAGCUGCUGCUCUGUUAAGUGUUUAAUGAAGGUGCCCAGGAAGUCUCAAGUUGCAGUAGAAAUAGCUACGGCCGCAGUAAUGGAGGAGAAGAAGAAGAAAACCGAGAGUUCAAAGUCUCCAUUAGCAACAGAAACUGUAAGCAAAGAAGAAAAAGAAGCUCAAGAGCCCGAAAAAAUAUCUAACCCAAUUGAGGAACUUUCUGAAAAUGGUAAUCUUGAGAAGGAACCUAGGGUGAAGGGAAAUGAAGCCUCAGAAGAUGAGGUACACGGACUUUGCUGGGACAAGUGGGAAUGAUGAUGAACACAGGGUUUACAGUCAGGAAGAUCAGGAUGAAGGGGCUGAAGCACAUCUGGGAGUUGAAGAGAGUGAUUCCUCUGAAGAUGAGGUUGCUCCUCGAAAUACAAUUGGAGAUGUUCCACUGAAGUGGUAUGAGGAUGAGGAACACAUUGGAUAUGACAUUACUGGAAAAAAGAUAAAAAAGCAGGCCAGGAAAGAUAAACUGGAUUCAUUUCUAGCUGGUGCUGAUGACUCAAAGAAUUGGCGCAAAGUUUAUGAUGAGUACAAUGACGAGGAAGUGGAGCUUACAAAAGAGGAGACUAGACUCAUUCGCAGAUUGCUUAAAGGAAAGACUCCACAUGCUGAAAUUGAUCCAUAUGCGCCUUAUGUAGAUUGGUUUGUAUGGGAAGAUGCUAGGCAUCCCCUAUCAAAUGCACCAGAACCAAAAAGGCGCUUCAUUCCUUCAAAAUGGGAAAGUAAAAAGGUUGUUCAAUAUGUCAGGGCGAUCAGGAAGGGGUUGAUAAAAUUCGACAAACCAAAAGAAGAACCACGCUUUUACUUAUUGUGGGGUGAUGAUUCCAGCUCAAAGGAGAAGUCUGGACAAGGAUUAAGUUAUAUUCCUGCACCAAAACCAAAAUUCGCAGGACAUGAGGAAUCAUACAAUCCUUCAAUAGAAUAUAUUCCUACCCAAGAAGAGAUCAAUUCUUACCAGUUGAUGUAUGAGGAAGAUCGCCCUAAGUUUAUUCCAAAAAGGUUUGAAUCACUGAGAAGUGUUCCAGCAUAUGAGAAUGCUCUUAAGGAAUCAUUUGAUCGUUGUUUGGACCUGUACUUGUGCCCUAGAGCAAGAAAGAAACGUAUAAAUAUUGAUCCUGAAUCCUUGAAGCCCAAACUCCCUAGUCGAAAAGAUCUAAGGCCUUAUCCUGUGACAUGUUAUCUUGAGUAUAUAGGCCACAAGGAUACUGUUCUAUCAAUUUCAAUUGAUGUUUCAGGGCAAUGGAUGGCUUCAGGUUCAACUGAUGGAACUGUGCGCAUUUGGGAGGUUGAAACUGGUCGAUGCCUCAGAAUCUGGGAUGUUGGUAUAGCUGUGCAACAUGUUGCAUGGAAUCCUUUACCUGAGCUCCAUAUCCUGGCAGUAGCUGUGGAGCACGAUGUGCUGCUUUUCAACACUGGGCUUGGGAAUGAAGAAGAACAGGAAAAGAUUAAAGAACUGUUGCAUGUUGAGACACCUACUGCACCAGAAAGCUCGGGCAAUGGUACAUCCAUAGUGAGCUGGAUUCAACAUGACAAGCACGAGGGCAUCAUGUUGAAGCAUCUUAAGACGGUUUCCUCUGUUGAAUGGCAUCGCAAGGGAGACUACUUUUCUACAGUAGUGCCGGGUGAUGACUCAAGAGCAAUUCUUAUCCACCAACUCUCGAAGAAACUCACCCAAAAAAUCCCCUUUAAGUUGCAUGGCCUUCCAGUUUCAUCUGCUUUCCAUCCAUCUCGUUCUAUCUUCUUCAUUUCUACAAAGAAAAAUGUCCGUGUUUAUGAUUUGUUGAAGCAAAAGCUCAUUAAGAAGCUCGAGACAGGGGUUCGUGAGGUCUCCUCUAUUGCAAUUCAUCCUGCAGGUGAUAAUGUUAUUGUGGGAAGCAAAGAAGGAAAGUUGUGUUGGUUUGAUAUGGACCUCUCAUCUCAACCGUAUAGAGUUCUCAAGUGUCAUCCUAAGGACAUUACGAAUGUUGCCUUCCAUCGUUCAUAUCCUCUCUUUGCUACAUGCUCUGAUGAUUGCACGGCUUAUGUCUUCCAUGGCAUGGUUUAUUCAGAUCUUAACCAGAAUCCUCUUAUUGUUCCACUGGAAAUUCUCCGAGGGCAUAGAAGCGCAAAUGGAAGAGGGGUUAUGGACUGUAAAUUUCAUCCAAAGCAACCAUGGUUGUUUACUGCUGGUGCUGAUUCAGUGAUCAAGCUUUACUGCCAUUAGGAAUUAUUGAGAAAAGUGGUUUGUGAGAAUAUUUGGUGAAGUUAUACCUACCACUCCAGGUUCAUUUGGGCUUGCAAAAGAAUUGAGGUUUCGGUGGUCACAUCAGAUCUUGGACGAGGGAUUCCUUGAACCUACUUAUUUCAUCAUGGUUCAAGGUUUUUUGAUUGUAAUUAUUGAUAUCUAGUAAGGAUGGCCCGUGCUCUAAUUUUCUUUGUACUUGAGGUGGGGGAAAGAUAAUGAAGUUUUUGCCCGGCCUUACUGCUACUUGGUCAUGUUGAGUUUUAAGUGUCCAUUAAAGAACAUUUGUUGUAGGACAAAACACAGAAUACCAGGAUAUUUCUGGGUUAGAAAAUGAUGAGAGAUGAAUUUUUGCCCAAGGGGGUAAUUGAGAAAUUUUGUUGAAUUUACAUUCUCCAGGGAGGAAUAUAGGCCUUGGAUGCUUAUUUUUCUAGUUUUCA